AUGCCCAGCCACCUCCUCCAAUCAGCACGCACCUCUUUGCGUCCAAUCACAGAAGCCAGAAGAGCGGUAGUCGGAGGUGAAAGGUCACGCUGCUAUUUGGCGGCCAUUUCUCUGGAAGCUACGCGGCUGGGGCCCUGCUGUGGCUACUCCAGUCACGAGGGUCGGACGACAGCUGGGUCGGCGGCGAGUAGCCUGCAGCAUUUGCCCACUACUGCAGCAGUAGUCGCGAUGAGUUUGCCCCUCAAUCCCAAACCUUUCCUCAAUGGAUUAACAGGAAAGCCAGUAAUGGUGAAGCUUAAGUGGGGAAUGGAGUACAAAGGCUACCUGGUGUCUGUAGAUGGCUAUAUGAACAUGCAGCUUGCAAACACAGAAGAAUACAUAGAUGGAGCAUUAUCUGGACAUCUGGGUGAAGUUUUAAUAAGGUGUAAUAAUGUCCUUUAUAUCAGGGGUGUUGAAGAAGAAGAAGAAGAUGGGGAAAUGAGAGAAUAGCAUCUUUCGGGGGGAAUUUUUUUUAUAUAUAUUUGUAGACAAUAAAGAUUUGUUUGUUUUUCAA